UUAUGCUAUUUGUUUUACAAAGUUGUAGCCGAGUGUAGUGAAAGUCAAGGUCAGGACGUGAUGGCGGCCGGCGAUGACAGAAUGGAGCUUCAAGUUUGGAAGGGAGAUUGGGGAUUACCAUCCAUAGACCCUAACUGCCUUGCCGUUUUGGCUUACUGCAAAUUUUCUGGUGUGCCAGUUGAUGUAAAGAUCACUGGAAAUCCAUGGAAAUCACCAUCAGGAGAGCUGCCUAGCUUACGGCAUGUGGAGACUACUGAGACCAACGUUCAAGACAUUUUCGCAUACUUGAGAAAGCAGAAUUGGGGAUCUGACUUUGAGCUUUCAACAAAGCAGAGUGCUGAUGUGGUUGCCUUCUCUUCAAUGUUAGAAGAAAAACUUCUACCUGCCAUUCUACACUUGUGGUGGGUUGAUGGGAAAACUUUUGUGGACUUCACCAGACCCUGGUAUGCGAAAGUCGUUCCUUUUCCAUUAAACUUCUUCUUGCCUAGCCAGAAACAGAAAGCAGCAUCACUGAGGGUUUUUCUUACCAAAGGUGGAGAAAAUAUAUCUGACAGUGAUGUUGAAGUAAAGAUCUACAAAGAAGCCAAGGAGUGUCUGAAUUUGCUGUCCUACAAGCUGGGAAGCCAGGAGUACAUGUUUGGCAAACAACCUUCAUCUUUAGAUGCUAUUAUGUUUGGAUACCUUGCUCCAAUUCUAAAAGCACCAUUGCCCAGUAACCAGUUACAAACACAUCUAAAGCAGUGUGACAACUUGGUGAACUUCAUUAACGAAAUACUACAGCGCUACUUUCCACCAAAUAGACCAGAGACUGAAGCAAGACACCAGAAAGAGGACGAAGGUCGACGAACAGAUAUCAGCACAGAUGAUGCAGAGUUUCCUCACAAACGUCGAAAUAUGAUUUUGGCUGCAAUAUUUGCCAUCACAGCCAUGCUGGGCUAUGCAUUCAUGAGUGGACUGAUCCAGUUACAUGUUGUGGAGUAUCAGCAAACACAAACUGCUUGGUCAGAAAGCAGCACUAAGAGGUCCAAUAAGGAUCAACCAUCUGGUGAUUCUGCGCCAGACCCUCUUUUUGAAGAACAGCAGAAUGAAAAUCAACAGUAGGUUCAGGCUUGAUGGGUAAAGAAUAACAUAUAAAGGAAUAGCAGCCUGGCAACAUUUGGCUGCCCAAUAAUGUGUUUGUAAGCAAGCAGAGCUGUAUGGUAUAAUUGGUACAGUUGAGGAAGAUGCAGGCCUUCAUCAUGCAUAGAGAGGGUGGACAAGUGCCUGAGAACAGGAGCAUGAAAGAAGGAAUGAUGACCAGAGAUAACUAUUGUUAUUGCAUGCAUCAACCCAGUAUGUAUAAAGAUAAGGUUCAGAAGAGUGUUUCAUUAUCCAUGUAUAAUGUGGGUCAUGAAUACGUGUUUUUUAUUUUGCAAACUUGGAGGACUUGUAAAAAGAGAUGAAAGCAAGUUUUCUGUACGUGAAUAGUUGCAUUCAAAAACCGUUGUUCAUGUAGAAGUUUUCUCCCUUAAAACAGGCAGAAUCCAAUUGUAUAAGGAUUAGCUGAAGAAUAUGGAAAACAGUACACUUGACACUGCUGGUGCAAACUGGAACAGACUGAAGUUAUGGUGGUAAUGUCAAAAGGCCUUAACUGUAGGACAUAGCUUUAGUGAGGUGAUGACUGAAAGGUUGCCUUGGUUUGUAUGCCUUCUUUGCUUAUGAUGCUAGAUAUAUUUGUUUUGAUAAAGGUGUUUACUUCCUAG